CUCCAAUCUGAAAGGUGUUGACGCCCUGCGAGCAGUUGUUUGUGGUGAGUUGUACGUGUAAAUUGGUGGUCUGAUAUGGGAGUAUAUAGGAAGAAAGAUUUGCUCUUCUCUGCAAACGCAAAGUCCUUUUCAGGUCCUCAAUAGAAGUGAGUUGUUGUUCUGCUACCUAUUGUGCCUAUUGUAUAGGUCCUCGUGCGGCAGAAAACCCAACUUUUCUGUCCGAAGUUCGGAUCCAAGUCACUGGGAGCAACUAUCUGACCAGUCAAAACACACUUCUCUGCUGCACCAUCCUACAAUUCACUCUGAGCCAUGCCUACUGAGAAGAAGAUUGUCGUGGUUGGAGCCGGCGUGGCGGGUGUGAGUAUUGUCCUUUCCGGGAGACUGUGCCUCCUCAAGAAGCAUGAGUUCUAUGUUUUGUACUCGUCUUCACCGGACGGUUUUCUGACUAAGGGUAGCUCACCACAGCCCUUUUGUUGUCCAAGAAUCCCAGGUACAAGAUCACAAUUGCCGCAAAGCACAUGCCUGGAGAUUAUGACAUUGAAUAUGCUUCGCCUUGGGCUGGAGCAAAUUAUAUGCCAGUCUCGGUAAAAGGCACACCCGCACAAGAAUGGGAUAAGAAUACGUGGGAGCCGCUUGCAGACCUGGCACGUAACCAUCCCGAGGCAGGGGUUCACUUCCAAAAAUGCGAAAUUUACAAUCGUAAAAAGGACGUAUCUUCGCCAACCGCAGCUUGGUUUGCCGAGCUGCUCAGCCCGACACCCUGGUUCAGUACCCUUUUCGACGAUUUCCACGAGAUACCCAAAAAGGAUCUCAAACCAGGCGUCGAUAACGCCACGCGCUUCACGUCAGUCUGCAUCAAUACGGCGAUAUACUUGCCAUGGUUAGUGUCUCAAUGUUUGAAGAACGGCGUCGUCCUUAAGAGGGCGAUAUUCAAACAUAUUUCGGAUGCAGCUGCCUCAGGAGUCCACCAUCUUGGCGGCGCGGCAGACCUCGUGGUCAAUUGUACAGGUCUCUCGGCUAAUAAACUCGGUGGCGUUAUGGACAAGACUGUUGUUCCCGCCAGGGGGCAGAUUGUUAUCGUUAGAAACGUGGCACCAUCGAUGUACUCGAUAUCUGGAACCGAUGACGGACCGGAUGAAGCCUGUUAUAUCAUGACUCGUGCGGCCGGUGGUGGCACAAUCCUCGGCGGCUGUUAUCAGAAGGGCAAUUGGGAGUCUCAGCCAGACCCGAGUCUCGCAAUCAGAAUCAUGAAAAGAUGUGUCGAUAUGUGCCCGGAGCUGACUGGCGGAAAGGGCAUUGAGCACCUGGAUAUCAUCCGGCACGGCGUCGGGUUAAGGCCCGUCCGGGAGGGAGGCACCAGGAUCGAGAAGGAGAAAAUCAACGGCAUCUGGACAGUGCACAACUAUGGCAGUGGAGGAGCCGGUUAUCAAUCCUCGUAUGGCUGCGCCCAAGCAGCAGUGAAGUUGGUAGAGGAAGCUCUUGAAGACCGCGCGAGAUUGUGAGUUAUCCAGACGACCGCAGGAGAUAUUGAGCGCCGCCGACAAAGCACGGUUGAGUCGGAUCUUGUUAGACAGAAUUGUGUCCAGAAGUACCCCGUACUCCGUGGCCAGAUUGGCUUUCAAAGCACUGAGGAGGCAGUGGCUGCUGUGCACUCUUGGGACCGUGGCUCCUCAAUUUAAAUAACGCCUCUGUGCAAAUUGAAGGCGUGCAAGUUUUCACAACG